AUGAACCGUGACCAGGUUCAAAAUGAAUUCAUUGCAACGGACGAUUCAAUUGCACCGGCAGCAAAUGCUGCCCAAAACGAAGAAGGUGAAUCGAAUGAUGUGACCGAUCCGACCGAAGCAGCAGCUGAAGCCGACACAUCGAUUGUGUUUGUAGGCGAACAAGAGGCCACUCCAAAAACGAAACAAAUCGCACGACAAAGUGAAGAAAUUUCCAAGUUGAAAGUGAAAGUUCGCAGUUUGAAUAUUCACACAAUUGGUUUAGAUGUCAAUCAGAGCUCUCAUCUUGUGAUUGAAGAAGUUUCUGUGUUUUGGCAAAAUGCACAAAUUCCAACAUCUGUGCCAUGGUAUUGUGCACAAAAAGUGACCAAAUUGUACGAAAAAUGGGAAUAUUUGCAAAAAAUUUCGACGAAAAGAUCAGAAAUUCAAGAGAAAAGAGAAAAGGAAUUCAUCGAUAAUUUGGAUGAUCUAUUUGAUAUUGCAGCCGAUGAAAACAGUGAUGCGAUGAAGAAAAUAACAAAAGAAGCAAAAGAAUUCUUGAUUGCGCAAAGGAAAAAAGGUCGCGAAGGUUGCCUACUCGGUGUUGAUGUCAAAGGGCAGAAAAAAGAAGAAAGAAAACAAGAACGUGCGGACACUGAAGAAAGGCGAAGAAGAAAAGCUGAAGCUGAAAAGGCAAUUUAUGCAAAAAAAACUGCCGCUGAAGCUCAUCGAAUGCUGUCAGAUACUUAUGGCGAGCAAGCUCCAUCGGAACGAAGCUGCAGAGAAUGGUUUCAUCGAUUCAAAAGUGGUGAUUUUGACAUGAAAGACAAAGAACGUUCAGGUCGGCCAGAAGCGAUUGAAGAUGUCGAUUUGCAAGCAUUAUUGGAUGAAGACCCAACCCAAACGCAAAAAGAACUUGCAUUGCAGUUAAACGUCGGCCAAACAACCAUUUUUAGACAUUUGCACGCCAUGGGAAAGAUUCGGAAGCUGGGAAAAUGGGUUCCACAUCAACUGUCUGAAGAGCAACUUCAAGCACGAAUCGCAAUAUGCACAAAACAUCUUGCAGAGCACAAAAGAAACAGUUUUUUGUAUCGGAUUGUUACCGGCGAUGAAAAGUGGGUUUAUUACGAAAACCCCAAGCGAAAGAAUUUACGAUUGAGACCUGGAGCUAUUCCAACUGUCUUUCCAAUAUACAAUCAAACAAAGGAAACCACAGCGAAUAAUGAAGAAGAAACAAUACUCGAUAUAGUGGACGAAGAUGAAGUUCAUCCAGUCGAUUCAAGCACGAAUUUGAAAAGAAGACUAGACGCUGAAAUUGAGAGCAUGAAAUUAGCAAAGCGUUUGAAAACUGCAACGGAAAAAAAUUCUCAGAAGGAUGCAGAAAUAAUUAAAUUGAACGAAAAGUUGCGAAAGGCUCAAGAGGAAAAUGCAAACAUCAACGCGCAGCUUGAAAAGUUUCGCUCAGCGGAACGGAACUUGAAUUGGUACGCUCAAAGUGAUAUUAAUGGCGAUCCCGGCAUUUUGGCCGAAGCCAUUACAACUUUGAAAAAGGUAGCCGAUGAUUUAAAAGCAGAAAACAAAAGAAUGUUGGUGUCCCUUGCCUUUGAUGAAAUCUCCAUUAAGCGACACAUUCAAUGGCUACACGAUCAAAAGAAAUUCUCAGGUUUUGCAACAGAUCAAAGACCAAAUGAACAAGAUGAGUAUCCCGUUGCAACCUACUACUGUAUACAUUCCUUAACCGCUAUGAAUAAGCGCAUUUUGCUCACCAAAGUUUUAACUGCAUUACAUGAAGUAGAAGUUAAAGUUGUGAACAUAACCUUCGAUGGCGAUCCAGAUGAAUGUGAAACUAGCGGUCCAAGUAUUUUCAAAGGGAGCAUCUUCAUCAAUGGAUUAUCUCCGUAG